CUCAUCAGGGCAUCACCUCAUCACCGCUAUCACCAUGGUAACCGUGUCAGUCCUGCUUCUCCUGCUCUCUGCUUCUACUCCUCCAGUCCAGAGUCAUCUCACUUCACUCCAUAUCAUUCCGGGUGACAUGAGUCAGACUCAGGCUCAGAAAGCUUGCAGAGAAACUUACACCGACCUCGUCACUGUGUACUCUGAUGAAGACAACACUAAACUGGCUGAACUGAUGAUAAAGGCUGGUAAUGUUUUUGGCUGGAUCGGACUCUAUCGCAGUAAUUUUAGUGAGAAAUGGUCUAAUGGUGAUCCUGUAACAUUCAGAAAAAUGACAGGGGAUUGUGGGAUAUCGAGCUACUGUGCUGUUAUGAAGGCUGAUGGUUCAUGGGACAGUCUUCAGUGCACAGCGACAGGAAAUUUCAUGUGCUAUGAACAAGAUGCUUCCUCACAGACUCGUAAUUAUCAUCUAAUCCUUGAGAAUAAGACCUGGUAUGAAGCUCAGCAUUACUGUAGACAGAGAUACACUGACCUGGUCAGCAUCAGAGAUCAGCAGCACAAUGAAGAGGUGAUGAUUAAAGGGUUAAACAGCACCACAUCCUUCUGGAUCGGCCUGCUGUGUGAUGACUGGCAGUGGAUUGAUGGAGGAAUCUCUGCCUACAGAAACUGGUAUAGCAGUCAAUCUCAACAACAAGGCAACUGUGCAAAAGUGAUAAGAGGGAGAUGGUACUCAGUCCCGUGCUGUAAUUAUUACUCUGCUUUGUGCUACUACAAUUACAUCCAUGUGAGUGAAGAGGCUCUGAGCUGGGAGAAAGCGUUGGAUUACUGUCAUGAAGGGAAGAAAGCUGGAAUUCUGAUCAUCGAUUCUCAAGCUGAACAGGAACAGUUAGAGUCUGAGCUCAUGAGGAGAGGUGUCCCUCCAGGGUCUCUGUGGGUGGGGCUUGGACCAAACCGUCUCUCCGAGCUGAAGGUGUCAUCUGAGCCGCUGACCUGCGAGGACAUACAGAGACAGAGUGAAGCUGACACACACACUGUAGACGCAGCACCAGAUUAUGUGAUGGACUCCACUGAACUUCGAGUUGUGUGUAAACUGAAGUAAAACAUUUCCCUCGAUGCUGGAAGAACAGAGCACUGCAUAGUUUAGUUUUCCAGCACAAACUCACCUGAACACUUCAUUAUGCAUUUGUUCACUAGGUGAUGAGCUAAAUCACAGAGCAGGAAAAGCCUAAAGUGUGCAGGAAGUGUUCACACACUCAGAGUUCACACAUCAAUUGGCCUUCACAAAAAUAUUUAGAAUAUGGGCUUAAAGGUCUCUCAGCUUCUCUGUGUGCAGAACUGCAGAUGUCACUAUGUAUAUAUAUAUUAAAAUAUGUAAACAUUCUCUGUCAUUGAACAGUCUCAACAUACAUGAACAUUCAGUUCAUUAAAAAUCAUUUUCUUCAAAUUUGUUAAGGUACAUUUUUAUUAUUUAUUGAAGUUGUUUCAUACAUUAAUGAAAGUUAUUGUGAAAUGUUUACUGUUUUAAUUUUUGUAAUCUAAUGAUCUUAUAUUACCAACAUAAAAACCUUGAAU